AUGGCAAAUACUAAAAUAAUACGACGAAAGUCCCUUGGGAGAGGCGCAUUUAUUGGAUCCUUAUAUAACGCCGCAAGCGAUACGUUCUGCGGGACCACGAUAUUGAAGUCAGAGUAUCCAAAUGAUUCCGUAAGAAGAGCUGACAUUCCUCAUGCCGAAAUUUUAUAUGAAUAUGAGGAUACAUAUAAGGAAAAGUUUAACAAGUUAGACGUUGGAGCCGAAUUAAAACUAAGUGUACUCGCAGGGCUGUUUACUUUGGAAGGAUCGGGAAAGUAUUUAAACGAUGUAAAAGAAAGUUUUAGAGCUGUAAGAGGAACUUUAAUAUAUAAAAUGACUUCGGUCGAGGAAAAUUUGGAUAUACAUCGUGAUGAUGUUAAAUCGUGUAUUUCUACAGAUGUGUUUAGUAAUAAUCAAAAUGCUACUCACGUGGUGAUAGGAAUAAAAUGGGGAGCUGCUAUGAUGGCAUCAUUUGAAUGCAAAGAUACGAAUGAAGAAAGCAGAUCUCAAGUUGAAGGAGCGCUAAAAUGUCACUUUGAAAAAAUAACUGUAUCUGGAGAGAGUCACGUAGAUGUCGAUGAAGGACAAUCGAAUAUUAUAAGCCGUUUCUCUAUAAAACUUCUUGGUGAUGUAGUUCCAAAUAAUAAAGAGCUUCCUCAAUCCUUUGAUGAAGCCAGGAAAGUAAUCGCCGAACUUCCUUUAUAUACUAAACAAUAUAAUAAUGGUAAAGGAGUUCCAAUUGAAUAUAUUUUAUAUCCAUUAUCGGAACUUGCAAAACUACUUACUCAAAAUUUCACGAUUGACAAUAUGGUAACAGAACUAAGCGAAGAAACAAUUCUAAGAGUAGAACAAGUUUUUGAUGGUUUGUCCGAAUCAAAACAAAAGCUUAAUGACUUAUAUAAUGAUGCGCAGUCUAUUUCUGAACUCUUACCGGACGAGGUUUUUGAUCAAAUUAGCAAUCGUGUACAAGAAGUUAGAAUAAAUGAGGCAAAAUUCAGACGUGAACUUGCAGAAUGUCUUGUUAAAGUACGUUCUGGUAAAAGCAAUAUUAUUGAACUUGAGAAUAAAUUAAAAACAUUUCAUAAGGGUGUAUUAUCCAAAAGUUUUAUGACAGAAUUUAUUCAUCAACAUCUUUCAGUAUCUAAUUUGGCCGACUUGGUACUUAUAUUAAAGGCCAAAAAAGUGGAAUAUCUUGGAAAGAAUUCAAAAAUUGAACAUAUUUUACAUAAAUAUUCAACUAAUGAUAUUUAUGUACUCCUUGGUUAUGAUGAAUAUAUUAUUGAUGGUAAUUCAUCUCCAGUACAUAGUAUGUUUCGAGAUCUUUACAAUUCGGACGAAGGGUCAAGCAAGUUUUUCAUAGUUAAUCUUAAAAUAUGCACUCAAAUAAAAUGUUCUAGUUAUCCAAUAAUUCAACAUUAUAUUAAUGGAAGAUUAAAUAGCAACAACUAUUAUGAUGAUAACAAAGUAUUGUUCACAUCUAACCUUAUCAAAUUUAAUCCUCUACCAAGUAACAAGCCAAAAAAUGAUCCCAGAGAGAAAGUAAGAUUAGUAAUACCUUGUCCUCAAGAUUGUCCAACUACAGAUUACAAUUGGAGAUGUUUCAGGUGUAAACAGAACAUAGAAUACGGCUACAACCAACACUUGUAUUGUAAAUGUGGUGAAAGUAGCAUUGCUCAUUCUAAAUUUAAGUGUAAUAGUCCCCAUCACAUAAAAGGAUACACAUCUUUUGAGUUGAACAAAUUCAUUGAUCUGUUACCAUUAGCACCACCUCAGGAAGAGAUAAACAUAUUAUUGCUUGGUGAAACUGGCGUGGGAAAAUCAACAUUUAUAAAUGCUUUUGCAAAUUAUCUUAAAUUUAACACUUUAGACAACGCAAAAUCUGGAGAUAUGGAAAUAUUGAUUCCAUCUGAAUUCACAAUUACAGAUGAUAAUUACGAGACAAAAACGAUAAAAUUAGGUAAUUAUGAUUCAAAUGAACCAUUAGAAGUAGGCGAGUCAUCUACUCGAGAAUGCAAAAGCUAUGUAUUUCAUGCAGCUGAGAAUAAGCUCAUCAGAUUAAUAGAUACUCCUGGAAUAGGAGAUACCAAAGGAUCAGAAUAUGACGUUAAAAAUUUUGAAAACAUUCUGUGGUAUAUUAAUUAUUACCGGUAUUUAAAUGGGAUAUGUAUCCUUCUUAAACCUAAUAAUGCACGACUAAACGUAAUAUUUAAAUAUUGUAUACAAGAAUUGUUAUCCCAUCUUCACAAGAAUGCUAAAGAUAAUAUUGUCUUUUGCUUUACUAAUGCCAGAGAAACGCAUUAUCGUCCAGGAGAUACAUUACAACCACUUAAAAAACAACUUGAGGAUCUUAAGAAGCAAUCUAAGUCUGGUGUUGAAAUAAAAGUUCACAAAGAUACAAUGUACUGUUUUGAUAACGAAUCAUUUAGAUUUUUAGCAGCAAUUAAGGAAAAUAUAAAGUUUACAGAGAUUGAGGAACGAAAUUUUGCAGAAAGUUGGAAAAAAUCCGUGGAUGAGUCACUAAGGCUUAUUGAAAAUCUUGUAAAACGUCAACCCCACAUAGUAGAAGAUACUAUAUCACUCAAUAACUCUAGAAAUAUAGUAAUACUACUUUCCAAACCUCUUGCAGAAAUAGAACAUCUAAUUCAACAAAACAUCAAAUUAAUAAAAGAAAAACAAGAAGAAGUAAAUAACUCCAAUAAAACUAUAGAAGAACUUAAAGGAAAGCUUUAUAUUGAACAGUUAGAUCUAGAACCAGUAAAUUUAGGAUAUCCUAGAACUGUAUGCACCAAUAAUAAGUGUGUAGAGUUAUUGCAAAUUGAUUAUACUAAUAUCGUAAGGAUAAACUAUGUUAAGCACUGUUGUUCACACUGUUUUUUGAGGUUUUCUAAAUAUAAUAUAAUAAACAACAAAGUUUUGAUGUUUUGUUCAGCAAUUAAGUUGAAAGAUGGCAAAUGUAAAGUCUGUGGUUGUCACUGGGAUAAACAUAUGCAUAUUACUUACGAGAAUAAAUAUAUAUUCAACAAAAUUAUAGACAAAAAUAUUGAAGACCAGAUUUCGGAAAAUAAAUCGGAUCAAGAAUUUAAAAGAGAAAUUAUAGAGGAGUAUCAAAGAAGAGUUGACCAGCAACGAAAAGAACAGGAGGAAAUACAAGAAAUUAGCCUUAAGUUUGCACAAUUCCUAAGACAAAAUGCAAUAGCCGCUUACAAUGAUGCAUAUGUAGAUUAUCUAGAUCUUUUUAUAAAGGGAGAAAAAAUAAAGAAAAAUGCCAACCCAAAUCACUAUGAUGAUAGAAUUCUCAGAGGACUUGAAACCACAAGAGAUAAUUACUUGAAACAAGUAGGAGUUAUAAAACAAGCUAUUGAUAGCAACGGUAAUUCCAAAAUUCUAAUUACUCCAAAAGAAAUAGCUGAGCUUGAGCAGCAAUUGUACAAUUUACCAAUUAAUGGUCAAACUUUGAAAAAAUUAAAACAAGAGGCAGAACGUAGUCAAAUAGAUAUGUUCAGGUAUACCGAAAAUCAUUAUAUUCCUGCCUGGAAAUCAGCAUCGAAUAUAAUAAACUUUAAAUCGAACCCGUUUGCGAAAAUUUUUGGUAAGGGAUGGUAA